GAGUGCUUAUUUUUUAUUUACAUCCUUGUUUAUAUUAUUUGAGCUUGUACGCACUCUAUGUUCAUAUAAUGUAUUUGAGGGUUACAACGCCACAGUUUUUGCUGUUUAAAGGCAUAAAUGGCAUCCGUGCAUUGUCUUCAGACGCUAGUAGUAUAUUAGAUAAUGUUCGGAGCAGCGAGACUGUCGAAACAGUUCCCAUUGUAACACCAAGAACUCUGAAUUUUCCACCGCGUUUUGAGAAGCCAAGAGAAGCAUGGGUGGAAAAUAUGGACACUGCUGAGGAACGAAAAUUGGGAAUUAUAAACCUUCAUCCAGAAGUUUUUGGUGCACCUCCGAGGAUAGAUAUCAUACAUGAAAAUGCAAGGUGGCAGCGAAUGUACAGAUUUGUUAGCUACGCACACACGAAGACUAGGGCAGAAGUUCGUGGAGGCGGUCGGAAACCGUGGCCUCAGAAAGGACUGGGAAGAGCUCGACAUGGUAGUAUACGAUCGCCCAUAUGGAAAGGCGGUGGUGUUGCACAUGGACCACGAUCUCCGACGCCACACUUUUAUAUGUUACCAUUUUACACAAGAAUACAUGGAUUGAUCAGUAUGUUGUCAGUGAAACUUGCACAGGAUGAUCUUCACAUUGUCAGCUCUUUGGAAAUACCAAAUGAUGACCCUAAGUUUAUAGAAGAUCUACUGGAAUGCAGAAAUUGGGGCCCAUCUGUACUGUUUGUGGAUGAAUUGGAUAUUAUGCCCAGGAAUAUUACAGCAGCAACAGAUGCGAUUAAUCAUGUCAAUCUGAUGCCUGCUUACGGUCUCAACGUUUACAGUAUGUUAAAACACAACACACUUGUGCUUACAUUGGCAGCAGUGAAUCAUAUUGAAGAGAAACUACUUUAUCAUAUUCACAGAAGCGAUAGUCGGCAUAUGAACAAGAAGUUCAGAAUUGGUCAAGUUGGAUAAAUAUUACCAAACAAAAAUUUUACAGAUUGAAUAAUGAGAAUCUGUGAUAGCUGGGCAAUUUAAGUUUAAUUGUGAAAUUUUGACUAUAUUUAUUACUGGCUACUGUAUCAGAAGUUAUGUACGUAUCUCUGUCCAUAAGAGUGAAAUAAAUGUUAAUUUUUGCUA